AUGGAUCCCGCAAGUAUUCUUGGCAUUAUCACAGCGUCCUUUCAGUUUGCCGAGAUUGCGUUGAAAACAGUCUCAAAGCUCGUACAAAUCUCCCAGGCACUGGAGAACGUGCCGAAGCGUAUGAGAGAUCAACUGCACGACAUCAAGAAAUCCAUAAAUCGCCUCCGAGAUUUCAGUACUGAAAUGGAAAGAGACCUGAUCACUUCAUCAAUCAGCCCUGACAGGCUCGUCAGCCUCAAAUUGGCAGUUGAGGACUGGGUAGCCACCGCUGGCGAUUUGGAAUCAAGGCUAAGUCAUCUCUUGAAUCCUCCGACAAUGUCAAAUAGGCCUAAGUGGAAAGAUUUCAAGAUAGCAUGCAAGUCCCUAAGUCAGUUUGAUGACGUCCAAUGGAAAAUUCAACGUCUCGAAAGCCUCAGUCAUCGGGUGUGGGAAGAGCUCCUUCGAACACUUCUCGAGAGUCAACUCCAGGUUCAGGCCCGAAUUAUCGAUGGCGAAGCAAAGAUUUCCUCGUGCAUACAAGAGGCGUUUCGUAAACUUUGCGAUGAACGGACGGACUGCGAACAUCGUCUUUCCACCACACUUAGGGAAGAAGGGGCUGUGACACAAGCGGCAAUAGGCGACCUUACAACAUCAGUGAAUGCCAGCUUCAACCAGCUUAAUCUGCGGGCAAGCCGUAGUUAUGUCCAUAUGGCGAACAAGAUUAACGAUCAUGUUUCGGAAGAGUUCCGCCUCAUGCGUACUUUCAUAUCCUCCACCCGUCUUGGAAAUGACCUCGCAUUGAUGAAUGAGCAGCAGCUCCAACAGAGCCUAUUAGGACCGCGGCUAAACUCUCCCAUCUUCGCCGAAUUUGACAUGAUAAGCGCCUUCUUGAACAAAAGCGCAUAUACACUGUGGCAGCAGAAUGAUAUUGAUGCGUUCCGAUCAGUGUUGCGGGAUCUGCCGAAAAAGUUGCAAAAUAUUGCCGCAUCAGGUGCAGGCUCGUGCCGUGACAAAGAUGAAGUGGGCAACACGUUACUUCUGGAAGUGGCUUAUUUGAUGUUCCGCCUCCAGCACCGCCUCCACGAUCUUUCGCCUGAGCUCACCCAGAUACUGUGCUUCCUGCGGACAGUGGGACUUGACGCGUCUGGUAUGGGAAUACUAGUCCGGAGGAGCUUGCCAGGCGAGUCUUUUGACCCGGAAGCUCAGCCAAUGGAUGGUUACAUUCCCGAGAUAGUUCUCAUUGAGAACUCGAACACAUACCGAUUCACGCAGGCCACUGCACAGGGCUGGGCUGUGGUACUGGCUCAAGAAACCGAGGACUCUUUUCCACUUCAAAGCUACUUCGAAAGUUUUGAUUUAGAGGAGAAUUGUUCUGUCGGCCCUCGUUCUCCCUUCAUAGUCGCGCCAUCAGGCUGUACAAGAGCAAACCAACGUCAGAAAGCCGUUUCGGUAUACUGCCAUUACACCGACUUGGCUUCAAACCUAGGCACCCUUGAGGGAGCCGUAGCCCGCCGUGAUAUCACAGAGCUAAAGCACCUCUUGCAGAAUCAAAGCUUCGAUCCUUGCAAAUACACGGCAAAAUUGAUACUUUCAGGCCUUGAUCUUUCUGUUUUCCAGCUUGCCAUGGACUGGCAAGCAGGACUUGAGGUACUCCUCACAAGACUUUCACCCACGAGCGACGACAUCGAGUUCGCAAUUUACAUGGACAAGCCACUUUCCUUGGACAAGCUAUGGAAUAGGCUGCGCGAGCCUUUGGACUACCCGAGAGUAUUCGAUAUCCUGCUAAGGGCAUCGGACGAAUGCCAGAAGCGGAUUUUGGGCCUCUUCCAAGCAUCACGACUAUCGCUUCGCCGUCUCGCCAUAGCCUACCUGGAUGCGCAUGACACAGAGGGGCUGUCUUCAGAGUCGAGCUGUAUGGCAGGUUGGAAGCACUUUGAUAUCUGGACAGCACUGCUAAAUCAAGGCUGCAGCGUACCCCAAGGCUAUAAGCCAAUGGGGGAAGACUCCCUCCUUGCGUUCAUGUGCAUGGACGAGACCGUCUCGAAUUACUGUCACGAAGCUGGCCGCACGGAUCGCAAAUCGAGUCGUUCGGCAAGUGAGCUCCUGCAAGACUUUUAUGAUCUUGACUUUGUGGAGCUUAAUUGCCACCAGGCGCACCGAUCCACAAUGUUACCUCUUCACCACAUUGUGUCGACUCCCCAAAGAAAACGAGACAAGCUUGUGGAAGACCAUGAACUUGGGGAGGACUUUGACCUCGUGGAGCAAUUUGAGCUCGAGGAUGAGUUUGAGCCUGCGGGCGAAUUUGAAGACAGACCCUGGAGAUUAUCCCCCAAUGCUGUUCUGGUCACUUGCAAAAGAGGCAGAGAUGCAAAUGAGAUUCAGAUCGAGGAAUCAGAGCUGAAACUACACCUAGAUCUCAUAAUGGAAGCGUAUGUUUCUUUCAGUGGUGACUUUGAGCACUGGGACGUCGGUCUAUCAAAAUGGUGGCUGCUGUUGGACAGGGUUCUGCCAGACCUCUCGGGCGUAAGGACACCUCAUCCGACGCAUUUCGAGACCCCGGAUGCAUACGAAUAUGCAUUUCAUCACAUGGAGCAAGAUCGGGCGAUGAACGAGGCACAGACGCUAAGGUCUAAUGGUUAUGGGGAUAUGAACUUCUUCGAUGUCAUUCGACUGCAUUUCGGAAAAUACCUGUAG